AUGAAGUUCGCUUUUGAGGAAAUAAACAGGAACACCACUCUACUUCCUAACCUAACGCUGGGCUUCCAAGUCUAUGACUCGUGUGCUGGGCUUCAGCAAGAGCUGGAUGGAACCCUGAAGAUGCUAACAGGUCAAAAUCAGGGAGUGCCAAAUUACAUUUGCUCAAAAUUACCACGUGUGUCCUCUAUUAUCGGACACUCCGUUUCCACCUUCUCUAUACUCAAUGCUCAUGUACUCGGGUUAUACAGAUACCCACAGAUAAGUUACUUAUCGACCAGCUCUAUCUUGAGUGAUAAAACUCAAUUCCCCUCCUUCUUCAGGACUGUCCCAAGUGAUGUCUUUCAAUCCAAAGGUAUAGCACAGAUGGUGUUACACUUUUCCUGGACAUGGGUUGGGUUAGUGGCUGUGGAUGAUGACUAUGGACGUCUGGGCAUUCAGGUUAUUAUGCAGGAACUCCUCAGGGGUGGAGCUUGUGUGGCAUUUGUAGAAUAUAUAAUGACUAAUCGCAUGGAACAAAUUCCUCACAUCACAAAAAUUCUCAAAGAAUCAACAGCUACAGUUGUGAUUCUUUUUACUACUGAUGCAGAGGCGAUGUUAAUUUUGGAUGAGAUGCUAAGGCAAAAUGUAACAGGUAAAUCUUUUGUGGCCAGUGAAGCUUGGUCAAUCUCAAAUAUGUUAACAGUGAACAAAUAUUCUUCACUACUCUCUGGAACUAUUGGUUUCUCAUUCCAUAGCUCAAUAAUCCCAGGAUUUGGAGAGCUCCUGAACAAUAUUCAUCCCAUCAACACUAGAGAUAAUCCAUGGAUUAAAAUCUUCUGGGAAAAAGUCUUUGGUUGUACAUUUUUACAACAAAUGAGCCUGAUAGGUUCUUGGUACAAUUCCACAUUGUGUACAGGAAAUGAGACUAAGGGGAAUAUCCAAAAUACUUUCUAUGAUGUAUCAAACUUAAGAAGUGCCUAUAACCUUUAUACUGCAAUUCAUGUCAUUGCUAAAUCUUUACAUGAUAUGCUAACAUGCCAGAAGGAUAAAGGAACAUUUAACAAUGGAAGCUGUGCUGAUAUCCAUCAUUUCCAACCAUGGCAGCUGUCAUACUACAUCCAAAAUGCUCGAGUGAAGUUGAGCAAUGGGCGAGAACACUUCUUUGACCUGAACAGUGACCCGCCUGCAGUGUAUGAUAUUGUAAACUGGCAGGUGAAUUCAGAUGGCACUACGAGGCACGUCAAAGUGGGCAGCUAUGAUACCACUAAGUUUGAUGAGAACUCCUUUCAAAUAAACCAUAAUGCUGUCCUAUGGGCAUAUGGCGAAGGACAGGUACCUGUUUCAGUCUGCACUCAGAGCUGCCUUGCGGGUUUUCGGAAGGUAUUAAGGCGGGAUAUGCCUGUUUGUUGUUUUCAAUGUGUGCCAUGUCCUGUGGGAGAGAUUUCUAACAGUAGAGACUCAGGUGAAUGCUACAAGUGUCCAUGGGAUCAGUGGCCCAGCACCCAGAAAGACAGAUGUCUCCAAAAGAACAGAGAGUUUCUCUCCUUUGAAGAGCCUUUGGGUGCUGCUCUAGCUGCCACAAGUGCUUUUUCAUCCUUGCUGCCAAUUUCUAUCUUUGGACUUUUCAUUCUUUAUAAGAACACUCCAAUUGUCAGAGCAAAUAACUUCUCUCUAAGUUGUCUUCUCCUAAUGUCGAUGUCUCUCUGCUUCCUCAGCUCCUUAGCUUUUAUAGGUAACCCUCAGGCUGAGAAAUGUCUUUUACGACAAGUUGCAUUUGGCACAGUCUUUACACUUUGUGUCUCUUGCAUUCUAGCUAAAACCAUCAUGGUGGUUUUUGCCUUUAUGGCCACAAAGCCUGGUAGCAGAUUAAAGAGAUGGGCUAGACCACGGGUUUCCUACAUGAUUAUUACCUCAUCCUCCUCUUUACAAUUCAUUUUGUGUAUCACAUGGAUUUCAUAUGCCCCUCCUUUCCCAAUAGACAACAUACAAACCAAACCAGGAAUUAUCAUUGUUGAAUGUAACGAUGGUUCACCCACAGCCUUCUGGUGCAUGUUAGGAUACCUUGGUCUCCUGGCCACAAUCAGUUUCAUUGUUGCAUUUUUGGCUAGGAGACUUCCUGACAGUUUCAAUGAAGCCAAGUUCAUCACCUUCAGCAUGCUGGCCUUCCUUAGUGUCUGGGUGUCCUAUAUCCCGGCUUCUCUUAGUUCCACUGGAAAGUAUACGGUGGCCAUGGAGGUGUUUGCCAUUCAGUCCUCUACCUGGGCCCUGGUUGUUUGCUUGUUUGCCCCUAAGUGUUUUAUUAUAUUACUUAGACCAGAGCUGAACUCAAGGGAACAUCUCUUGGGGAAAUCCAAAAGCUAA